AUGCCGGUGGUUGAGCCUCCAGUGGCCCCGAGCCGCCAGCCACCAGCGGUCCCGAGCCGCCAGUGGUCCUGCGGCCCCAAGCUGCCAGCGGUCCCGACACCGGCGGCCCUGAGCCGCCAGCGCCCCGAGCCACCAGCGGUCCUGCGGCCCCGAGCCACCAGCGGACCCAGUGCCAGCAGUCCCGACACCAGCAGUUUGGCCACCAGCAGUCCUGAGCCACCAGUGUUCCCGCGCCGCCGGCGGCCCGAGCCACCAGCGGUCCCAAGCCACCAGCGGUCCUGCGGCCCAGAGCCGCCAGCAGUCCUGACGCCGGUGGUCCUGCGCCACCUGCGGUCCCGCGCCGCCAGCAGCCCCAAGCCACCAGCAGUCCAGAUGCCAGCAGUCCAGAUGCGUGCAGUCCCACGCUGCCAGCGGUCCUGCCGCCAGCGGUCCCGUGCUACCAGUACCUCAACACCUGUGGCCCCGAGAUGCCUGCGGCACCAAGACGCCAGUGGCCCCGACGCCAGCGGCCCCGCCCACACACUGUGA